AUGGACGGAGCCCUCCACAUCAUCCCCACCAACCUCUGCGCCUUCGAGCCCACCAAACCCCUCGUCCGCUCAGCCAACAUCAACACCUUAGUAUGGAUCGGCGGCAUGUUCGACACCCUUGGCUCCGUGGCCUACCCCUUCACCCUCGCGGAAGCUCUCCCGCAGGCCUGGUCUCUCAUAACUUGCUCCCUCGGCUCAGCAGGCAUGGCUUGGGGCGUCAAGUCAAUCGGCACAGACGCCGAAGACAUGGCCAAGAUCAUAGCCUACAUCAAGAAGAAGCGACCGGGCGGGAAGAUUGUGAUCAUGGGUCAUAGCACGGGCUGUCAGGAUUGCAUGGAGUACUCUGUGGGCAAGAACGCGGAGAAGAGGCCGAGGGUUGAUGGCGUGAUUCUGCAAGCGCCUGUGAGUGAUCGUGAGGCCUUGGAGGAUGAGCUGCCGCAGGCACAUAAACAUGAGGCGGAUCAGUUGGCGCUGAAGAUGAUCAGAGAGGGACAGGACAAGGAUGCUAUGCCGAACAAAUGGACGAAGCCGAUCUUUGGAAGGCUGGCUGUCACCGCGAAGAGGUGGGUGGAUGUGAGCUCGCCUGGGCCUGAUCACAGUGGUGCGGACGAUUACUUCUCGAGUGACUUGCCACCAGAGAGAUUCAAGGCCACCUUCGGCAAGCUGCCUGCAAGCUCGCCACUGCUCAUCCUGUAUAGUGGAAGUGACGAGAGCGUGCCGUCAAAGGUGGACAAGCAAAAGCUUGUGCAGACGUGGAUAGAUAUUGUAAAAGCCAGUGGUGGUAGUGUGGAUGACAAGAAUGGUGGUGUCGUGGCUGGUGCAAGUCACAAUUACAAUGGCAACCCUGAGGAGGUGGUGCAGGACAUGGUGAAACGAGUUCUUGGCUUCAUCUCAAAACUGGACGAAGGUGAUGAUCCUGCAAGACAUGAAGAGAAAGCCGGAGGUGCUCGAGGUGCGGAGCCGGUGCAACUUUCGCGCAACAUACUGCAAGGAGACUGGUGA